AUGGACAGCGAUUAUAGGGCUCGGAAGGAAGCGUUUGUGUCGGACCUGUCCGGUGGAAAUCUCAAGGAAGUCAGCAACGUCCUGUUAGCCCCCUUGACCGCAAUCCUCCUCUGGACUACUCUUCGAACGCGAUGCUCGUUCCUGUUGAGACUUCGCGCUGUCAGUGUCACAGUGGAAUUCCUGUUAACUGUAUGGGUACCGCUUGGUGCUUUGACGGUCUGGUACCCAUUCGUGCCAGCAUUAAAUAUCGCCCUUGUUCUUUGUUCUGCGCUCUUACUCCUCUCCUUGAAGCCAUCCGUAGGUGGGCGCCAGACAUCUACAUCAUCCUCAAAAGAAGGUGCGGGCCGCCAGCAGCACUAUCUGUUCAUCUCACAUCAUCGUGGAGCGCUGAUGAUGUUGGCCUGUCUUGCCAUCUUGGCCGUUGAUUUCCAAGUGUUCCCGCGAAGUCUAGCCAAGGCUGAGAACUGGGGCAUAUCUGUGAUGGAUCUCUUUGCUGGCAGCUUCGUGUUUUCGUCGGGAUUCAUCUCGCACAAGUCCAGUCGGAAUGCAGCAAAGCGGUCCUUUUAUCUCACAUUAUUUGGCCUUCUGCGGCUGGGCGCCAUGAAUUUGCUUAAUUACCAGCAACAUACCUCUGAAUACGGGGUUCAUUGGAAUCUCUUUUUCACGAUCCCCGCCGUGACCGCUAUGGUCAACAUAGUCGACUGUAUCACCGUUGUUGUUCCCUUGCCGGAUGAGGCACUGGCGGUCGCGACCGUGGUGACAAGUGAAAUUUGCCUGAGAACCAGAGGCCUACAGGACAACCUUCUCAGUCUCGACAGAGGAACCGGGUUUAUUUCUCUCAACCGGGAGGGUCUUUUCUCCACGGUCGGAUACGCCGCAAUUUACCUCAUUGGCCGCGGUGUCGGUUCCCAUAUUUUCAUGCUGCUGUCAUCUCAGAAACGGUCGAAGAUGGUCCUGUCAGGACUGGCGACACAGGCAUCUCUAUGGGCCGGGUGUUUUGCUCUAGCCUCUACCGAUGCCGUUGGUCUUGGAUGGCAGAUUCCAGUCUCCCGCCGGCUCGCCAACGUAUCCUAUGUUUUGUGGGUCGCAGCAGUCAACAGUGUCUGGCUGUUCCUAUACUACCUCAUUGAUGGGGUCCACACGACCGCAGGUCAAGGGUCGGGCAAUCGACACAUGCGGAGGGAUGACACCGAUGUUACGAAAUCUGUACGAAGCGAUAUAAUCUCUGCCUUUAACGAAGCUGGUCUGGCGGUCUACCUCAUUGCAAACCUCAUCACUGGAGGGGUGAAUUUGGCAGUGAACACCCUUGAUAUGUCCCGGUCAUCAUCAGUGACUCUCCUGGUUAGCUAUGCUAUGGUUCUCACCGCUGUAGCUUUUCACUUCCGGUCAUCGGAGAGGAAGUUGAGAGUGUAG